AUGAAACAAUAUGGUUACAGUAAUUAUGAUAGAACAGCUGAGGCAGUUGAAGUAGGACCCAGCUUCACAAGUCUCGCUACAGAGUAUGGACAUCCUGCUUCAGAAUAUGAAGUUAUCACGGAAGAUGGUUACAUCCUAACAAUGUUUCACCUCCCUGGACGAAGUCGAUUCCCUGUACUCUUGAUACAUGGGAUUUUGGAUUCAGCUGAUACUUGGAUUGUUAGAGGCGAUAAUUCGCUUGCUAUUACUCUAGCUAACCAAGGAUACGAUGUUUGGCUCUCUAAUUCCAGAGGCAACAGAUAUUCCCGGCGACACGUUAACCUUGAUCCGGAUAAAGAUGCUGACUUCUGGAAAUACAGCUUCCACGAAAUAGGUCACUACGACUUGCCGGCUUUGAUAGAUAGAGUUCUAAAUGAAACGGGUGCACCGACGUUGACUGCGAUCGGUCACUCGCAGGGGACCACUGUGUUUUAUGUACUCGGCUCCACCAGACCAGAAUACAAUGAAAAAAUUAACGUAAUGAUAUCUCUCGCUCCAGUAUGCUAUUUGCAUCACAGUCCGCCCCCCCUUUCGACGCUUAUUAAAUUAGCACCAUUAGUUGAAAAUAUUUUCACGGAACUUAAUAUAAAUGAAGCUUUAGGAGAUAACACCACAGCUGCUAGGAUUUACCGGUACGUUUGUACUGCGCCAGUAAUCGGAUACACAGUUUGCGCUAAUGGCAUUAUUUUUCCAUUCACCGGCUAUGACCCUACUGAGCUCGAACCAAGCUUUUUCCAAAUAGUAAGUAAACAUUUUCCUGCCGGAAUCUCCUCAAGGAGUCUCGUUCACUACUUGCAAGUGGGACGAAGAAGAGUGUUUGCGCCAUUUGACUACGGUUCCGAAGGAAAUAAAGCUUUGUACAACUCGACUGUACCUCCGCCUUACGAUUUUAGCAAAAUUAGCAUGCCCAUAGCCUUACUAGCAGCAAGAAAUGAUUUUUUCUCAACAUUACCGGAUGUAACUCUACUAAAGAAUCAAUUGCCUAAUGUCGUGUCAUAUAUCGUGAACCCUCGCGUGCUGCACAAUCAUGCAGACUACGUGUGGGGAAGACGGAUGCGUGUCUACUUGUUUCCAUAUAUAUUUUCAAUAUUACAACGAUACAACGGAGUCUAG